GCCAGAAUCUAUUCUAGUCUAAUUGUAGAGAUGUGCAAAAUAUACUUGGAUAAUUUUACAGAAAAUUCCGCAUUCAUUCAUUACAAAUUAAGAAAAUUUGCCAUUUUGAUUCUUAUAUGCUCCUACGUCAUUGUAUUUACUGUUACCGCGAUAAUGUUUGGAUCUAUUGUAAAUGAAGAGAAUGUGUAUAAACUUGUAUUUCAUUUAACUUUAACGCAGUGGGAAAUAAUUUAUGGACUUGGAUAUUUAAUUAUAUCACUUUUGUCUAUCUUAGAUAUAGGCAUCACACUACAUGGAAACAUGUCCUCUUUGUGUGAAAAGUUGGAAAAUGCCAUGGAGAACGACAAACCAUUAGAUUUUCGCAUUGUAAUUCAGAAACAUGUCCAAUAUUGUGACAUUCUUCUGAACAUAGAUGAAAUGAUUAACCCAACGUUGGCAGUUUACUACCUAUUUCAAUUGUCAAUCACAACACUGUCCUUCUAUAUUGGCAUAUACGGAGAAGGAUUGAAGAUCGUGAAAUAUGGAUUCAUAUAUGUUGGAAUUGCUACUAACAUUGUUUUUUCUUUUUCGGUUUUCUUGACAACACAGAUACCAAAAACCAUGCAUCGAUUUCGUUCACAACUUGAAUUACUUUUUUUUCGUCAGAAAAAUGUCAAUGAUCAAUUAAUGAUAAUUUCCUACAGAAAAAGACUAGGAAAAUGUCCUCCGGGUAUCACUGUAGGUGGAAUAUUUACAAUAACUCGUAAAAGUAUACCCAAGAUUAUGCAAUCGAUGCAGUCUUAUUUUUCUAGUUUAAUAAGCAUUAAAAGGGGCAAGGAUGCGUGCGACGGUAUAUUAAAGCAAUUUUCUAUGUGAAAUUCAACACUUUGCUGCAUUUCCUAAAAUAAUAAAUUCCAUG